AUGCACUUCUCAAAAGCAACUCUUCCUUUCGCGGCCUUGGUUUCCUAUGCUGCUGCUGCGACUACAGUAGCGGCUACAGGUGGUUUCUCUGGCGCGUGUGAGGCACAGAAUGUUCUCGAUGCAUGUGUGAGUUCGACGACGGCGAUUGCCCAGGCGUGUCAAUCUACCGACUAUCUUUGUUUGUGCACGAGUUGGAAUUCAGUCUUGACUUGCUAUAACGUAUGUCCCAAUGACACAGGCUACACAGGGGCUCUCGCCAAUAAACAAGCCUAUUGUAAUGAUGCCGCGGCCUACGCAUCAACUACUACAUCUUCUGCGAUCUCAAAAGAUUGGCCUACGACUACCGCUGCAAGUGAUGCGACAGCGACGGCAACAGGAGCAGGAAGUGGAAGUGGAACAACUACUGCGAAGGCGCAGACUACCGGAGGAGGCUCGUCAAGUAACACGGCGAGUGCAGCAGAGUCGACGAGUAGCCAGAGUAGUGGGGCUGGAGAGAGGGUUGUGGGGGUUAACGGAAUGAUGGGGGUUCUUGGGGGUAUGGCUGCUGUGGGUGCUGCGUUUUUUUAG